ACAUAAAGUAUCUUCUCUUCUUAGGAAAUGUACGCUGUUGCUUAACAACGUCUUUGCAGUGACAGCUGCAAUACUGAUGUCACUCUCUCAGCUGGCAGGAUCAUUUGAAAUGCUCAUACUGGGCCGCAUUAUAAUGGGAGUUGAUGCAGGCAUUUCCUUGAGUGCCCUUCCCAUGUAUCUGAGUGAAAUAUCUCCUAAGGAAAUCCGUGGUUCAUUGGGUCAGGUUACAGCAAUUUUCAUCUGUGUUGGUGUUUUCACGGGACAAGUCUUGGGGCUGCCAGAGAUAUUUGGGACAGAAUCUCGGUGGCCUUUUUUGUUUGGAGUAAUUGUUGUUCCUGCAUUGGUACAAAUUGUGAUUCUGCCUUUUCUUCCUGAAAGUCCUCGUUACCUCCUACUUGAAAAACAUAAUACCAGUAAGGCAGAAAAAGAUUUUGCGUACUCUGCCCUUUGA